AUGGACAACUCAGACGUAUGCACUGCUGCUACAGAUGCAGUCCCGUCAGUCAAACCUUGCGAAGGUACAGAUUCAGUGCCAACACGAGGCAUCUGCGCGGUAAAGGCGGAGUAUCUUCGUCCUGCACCGAUACGUGUUAAUCUUGAUGCUGAGGGACGAACGAGGGGAAUGAACAAGGGGGCAGAGCGUCAGCGUUCUGCUGCUGUUGAGGGUACACAGCGACCCACUUUUGAAGGGGAAUCAAAUUUUUUUCACGGUGAGGUCUUGCAACGUAUUAAAGCAGUAGUACGACAGCAAAAUGUGGGGGGUUCCAAACGCUCACGUGAUGAGAAAAAGGAUGAGGUUCCACCAACAGAGACAUCAACAGAAAAUGGAGAUACAAUUACUACAGAGUUGAACAGCAGUGCUACUGAAACCAUUUUACAGUCCCAUGAUAAUCAUAUUGCUACGAAAAAUAGUGAUAUGGUUCAUGCAAGUAACACCGAAGAAGCGUUACGUGAGAGUCAAGCACGACGUAAAAGUUUGUUUACUAAUAAACUUGUUUUAGCACCCCUUACAACAGUUGGUAAUCUCCCGUUUCGUCGUAUAUGCAAGACAUAUGGUGCCGAUAUUACAGUAGGCGAAAUGGCACUUGUGUAUAAUCUUAAUCGUCUUCAAAAAAGUGAGUGGUCAUUGUUGCGUCGACACGAAUCAGAAGAUAUUUUUGGUAUUCAAAUAGCUGUUUCUAGACCUCAAGAUGCUUUGACUUGGGCAAAAGCUAUUGAAACAUCUGGAUUUUCAUAUGAUUUUGUUGAUAUUAAUUGUGGUUGUCCUGUUGAUAAACUUGUGCUUUCAGGUUGUGGUUGUGGUUUGUGGGAACGGAAAGGAAAUCGAUUAAAAGAUGUUGUGCAGUCACUUGCACAAAAUCAGUCAAAACCGGUUACUAUAAAGUGCCGAAUUGGACCUGACGAAGAUGCUCCAUUGCUGCAUAAACAAAUCGGGGAAUAUGAAGGAUGGGGAGCUUCAGCUGUUACUAUACAUGGCCGUUCCCGUAAACAACGGUACACAAAGUUGGCAAAUUGGUCCUAUGUUGAUGAUUGUGCUACACGAACGAACCUACCUGUAACUGGUAAUGGUGACAUAUUAUCCUGGGAGGAUGUUGUAGAGCAUCGUGAACAAUGUCCGCAUGUCAACUCAUACAUGAUUGGUCGAGGAGCACUUAUCAAACCUUGGAUUUUUGAAGAGAUCAAGAUGGAACAGUCUAAAGAUAUAAGUAGUCAUGAACGUUUUGAAAUAUUACGACGCUUUUGUGACUAUGGAUUGUCACAUUGGGGAUCAGACGAACGGGGAGUUCUUACUACACGACGCUUUCUCUGCGAAUGGCUUUCUUUCUUGUGUCGCUAUGUCCCAGUUGGACUUCUCGAGCGUCUACCACAACGGAUGAAUGAGAGACCACCUUUUUAUGAGGGACGAGAUGAGUUGGAAACGCUUAUGUCAAGCGAUAGCGCAGUGGAUUGGAUUCGCAUUAGUGAGAUGCUUCUAGGUCCUGCAGGUGAUAAGUUUAAGUUCACUCCAAAGCACAAGAGUAAUAGCUACGCUAACAGUGGGUCAUCAACCGACAUGGACAUGAAUGUUGAAGGCUGA